AUGGACCGACCUGGCAUCAAGAACUGGCGUGAGUGCUCUUGCACGAGCUCGCUCUGACCUUAUGGAGUUCGCACCUGACGUAUGCUGAAACCGUCGACGGGUGGUGUGUGGUUGAACUCGCGCAGAUUGGCGAACAAAAGGAUGUGAAUCGUAAGUAACCCUCUUCCAGCCCCACACGGCUCCACACGCAAGACCACGACUGGGCCUCGGCGAGCUUCCUUCGAUGCGAUUCCGUCAACGGUCCCCCUCUCCCGGGACGUUGGUGGACAGGAGCCGACUGCAUCCGUGUGCACUUCAAAGUGCUACACCCGAGUGAGGGUUAUGGAUUAGAACAGGGUCCUGAGCUGACUUAUCCUCUGUCGCCUUCACAUUGGCAUGACAUGACGUCACGACCACAGAUGGGCCAAGGACUGGUUCAGGAAAGAGCUCAUCGGCGUCGAGGCCGAGGGCGUGCGAAUCGACUCGGUCAAGGACGUCGAAGGUGACUGCGAAGUGGGGAUGCGCAAGUCCAAGCUCGUCACCAUCUACGACCAAAAGAUCACUAUGCUCUGGCGAGCCGGCGAGGGCGACGACAGCGUGA